CGUGUUUCGAGCCACCACGGCAGCACGGCUCAAUUGGACCUCUCCCGGGGCCCGUAUAAUUGGCACCUACUUGGGUAGCUGAGUAGCUGUGGUGGAGGCUACCAGGCUACCAGGCUACGUACAGUGCCCGGCCCAAACAAGUGCACCCACACCUCGUCCCUCUUUCUGACGAACUUUGUCACCUUAAAGACUUGGCCUACCUCUUUUCUUUCCUCCUCGCUGCCGAUCUCGUACACCAUCCCCCGUGUCACACGCCCUUCCUUCAUAGAGCUCUCUCUGUAACAGCUGUGCUACCCACGCCUGCUCCUCUCACUCCUGCCGCCACCUCUGGCUUCCAGGUCUUAUAAGAGACCUGCCUGCUCGCCGUAGACUGCACCCCGGACUCCUGUCUGCACAACCUCGUCUUACUGCUCCUCCAGCUCUGGAAGGGCAAGGCAUCUACCAGUCGAGCCUCAUACCCGGUAGCAACAUCACCCUCCCCCUACAUUGGCCGCCAUGGACCGAGUCAAGCAGGCAAACCCCUUCGCCAAGAGGGAAUCCCACCCUCCAGCCGCCGUCAUCACCUACAAGGUUCUGACAAUUCUCACCUGGCUGCUCUCCGUCAUCGUCUCCGUGUACUACUCCGCCCGGUCUCCCGCCGACGACAUCAAGCAUGGCAGGACCAUCGAGGGCCAGAACUACCUGCACUGGUCUGGCUUCACGCUCAACUUCGUGCUCGUCUAUGUCUACUUCAUCAUCCUGUUCAUCUCCCAGGUCGGCUAUAUCGUGCACCUAUUUUCGACCGACCUCGAGAAGUCCAACCCGGCCUGUGCUGUCGGUUCCCACUUCAUCGCCAACAACCUGCUGCACUUCGCCUUCGUCAUGCUCUUCGUUCGCAGCCACUUCGUCUGGGCUGAGCUCAUCCUGAUCAUCAACUUCUUCAACUUGAGCUCGCUGGCCUUCCGCCACCAUUCUUACCCCCGUUUCAUCCACACUCCUGUUGUGUCUGGGCCGCUGGCCUGGACCUUCGUGGCCAUCUACUGGAACGGCGCCAUUAUGGUCCCCAACGAGGGCAGCCUGGUGGCGAGGAUUUUCGCCAACCUCUUUGUCUGGUCUAUUCUCGUCUACGGACUGUUCUUCAUUGCAAUCUACAAGGACUACACGAUGGGCUUCUGGCUCAGCGUCCUGUCAGCAGCCUUGGGCGUGGCCCAAUUCCAGCGCCAGUUCAUCGCGCUCCAGUGGAUCUUCGCAUUUGUCAUAAUGGCUGUGUUGUUCAGCUUGUCUACAGUCGUCGGCAUUGCCGCAUGGACGGGCCGUGAGCUCCGCCUCGGCAAGGACAAGACGGUGACAGCAGAUGCUGAGCGCGCACCCCUCCUAGCAGAUGACAACAACCAGGCAGCUUAAGCCGCAUCGAUCUUGUGGCAGUCGGAUCAGAGGCUCACGUUCGCUACGGCGGGGCCACAGAAAGGAGCUAUCCCCCCGGGAGUCAAAUGUUGGCGGAACGGGCACGUCUGGAUGAUGUGUCUCUGGUUAUUACAGUAUCUUACAUGGAGUAUCUAUGCUCAUGGGCGGCCGGGCGUGCAAAUGAAAAGCUCGCCGUGAGAACAGAGUGUUUGGGAGUUGGUAAUUGACCUUUCUUGGUGUGGAAAAAAGCAUGUCCAGCUGCGAUCCUUUCGAUGCUUGUUUGCAUAGUCUGGGAAAGAACGAACGAUGGUGCUGAAAACUUGCAACAUAUUGCGUGAUGAAACAUUGCAAUGACAGGAGGAGAGAUGAAGCAAAGUUGCAAUAUUGGAACUUUUCCUGCCCACAUGUGUAACUAAGUGACGCCGAGCAUCAAAUCGUGUUUCCAGCAUGGCCGUGCUUACAUAAUCGAGACAUCGCCAUUCAUCUCA